AUGGCAUACAACUCCCAUCCCAGCGCUAUCCAUGCCGACGCGCCUCGUGAGCCGCCUCCGCAGCAGAUCCUCUCGCGCCCUCCCGCUUCCUACGACCAUCCCCCUCACCAUGUCCAGUCUGGUCGCUCUUGGAGCAGUCAUCGCGCCUUCUCGCCACCCAAGCUCUCGCCACCCAAGCUCCCACCUCCUCGCAACCACCCCCUCCAGCAACCUAUUCGUCACCCAUGUAGAGAGCCAACUCCCGUUUGCAAUCCUCCCAUAGACGCUCCUCGCCCUUCUUCACGAGAUUCGCCGCUUGAUCAUUAUGCCCGACGGCGCCAGCCUUCUUCUCAGGCUGAUGUUGGUCAUUUUGACGCCGAAGGAUUGCCUCGAAGUCGUCAGUUUGCAUUUCAUAGCUACCCACCGCCACCCUCGGUUUAUGCUCCACCUCCCAGCGCCAUCGAUGCGUGCGUGCGGCAGGAUAGAUACCAGCGCGACCUAACCAACAGAUACCUAGAUCCCUAUCCUCUGCCUCCAGACCCUCAGCCUUCUAGACCCGAUCCCAAUUCCCAGAGGCAUGCGUCUGUAUCGCAAAGCUUUGCCCCAUCAUCGAGCUCCUACCCCGGCCCUCGUCCAGAGCACUCGCAAAGCCAUCAAUCCCUGCCACGACACGCUUUCCAGUCGAUCCAGCAGGAUCGACGAAUGAGCAUCCAGCCAGUGGUAGCAGAGCCCUCUACUCCACCAACCUGGUCUUCCUCUCGCCCUCAGCACAUUGGCAAGCGACCUUUGCCAGCAGAUUACCAAGGUCAAGUCCACCAUCGUCCGGCUGCUCUGCCUUCACGCUCAUAUGCACCCUCUCUUCAGCCUGCACCACAUGUCUCGCCCCUGACAUCUCACCCACCUGCAACCCUCUCUGCUUCCGACGCAACUCGCCCGCCUCUACCCGCGCCAGCAGCCAGCAGUGCUGAUGUUGGUCAGCAACGCCGCCAAAGUCUCUUGCAACCAGCCACGCCACGACUGCCAGCCACUUCGGAGAACGUCGAGUCCAGACAUGCUCAUCCUAGCCUCGGCUUCAGUGCUCCAUCUGCUGGCAGCUCUGCCCUCGUCGCUUCACAGCAGUCAUUGCAACCCCAGCGCAAGCGACUCAGGAUCUCUCGAGCUUGUGACGAGUGCCGCCGCCGCAAGACACGCUGCGACAUUGUCGGUGUCUUCCCCGGCGAGCCCGGUCAUCCGCUCACCAUCUCCGCUGCUGUGCCUCCCCUCGAGCCUAACAUGGAACCCAAGGGUGAGAUGCUCAUCCUCCAGCCAUGCAUGAACUGUCGUCGCAGCGAGGUCACUUGCUCCUACAGCAAGCGCCCUCUCAAGCGUGGUCCUAGCAAGGGCUACAUCAAGGACCUCGAGCGACGCCUCAACUCGCUCGAGUCUCAGAUCGUCGUAGCUGAUGGUACCGAGCAGACUACCGAGGAUGCUCAAGGCGCUCAGAGUGCCAACGCCUCUAGUGCACCCCCGUCGACAUCGACAUUGACCAAGUCCAAGGUCCGCACCGAAGAUCGCAUCAGCAGACUUGAAAGUGUCUUGGCUCGUCCUUCUACCGCCAAGAGUCAAGACACCAAGUCCACCUCGUGCAGCUCGAGUCGCAGGACCAGCGAUGCCGACGAUGCCCACGUCAAAUCCCAACAGCAGCAGGAGAUGGACGUUAGCAAGGAGCAGGACGUGCAGGCACCGGCCACAUCGACUACUGCUCCCCUCACUCCAGCCGCAAACAGCACCAUCGAUCGAGCGCCAUCGAUCGUUGCAAGUGAGUCAAUGGCUCCUCCCUCCUUGCCGCGCAGUGAUUCCGGCUCUGUCAGCUCAAAGGGCAAGGCUAAGGCCAAGGCUAAGGCCAAGCGACGAUCAGCAGCAAACUCUCCUUCGCGCACCUCGGACAUCAAUGCCGCCGAAGUCAAGGACAAGAUUGUCGGCUCCUUCCUCCACGCUACAUUCCCAAUUGUUCCCUUCAAAUCUCGUGAUGAAGGCAGCAGCGCAGCCAGCAACAACAACAACAACAACAACAACAACAACAACAACAACAACAACAACAGCAUCGCUCGUCUCGAAGACCGCGUCUUGGCCAGGGCGCUGCGACUGCUCGAUGAGCCAGUAGAGAUGGUCACCAUGCAGCAGGACUCGCGCAGUGGCACUCCUUCAGCGCCAGCUUCCAAAGCACCAACUCACGCAGCCAAGGUUGCGAGCUUGAUCGGCCAAGCUUCCGCCGGUCUCGGCGGCUCAAGGGAGGAGCUCAUGCAGCAAGCAAGCGCCGGUGCUGACGGACUGCGAGCUUUGCGUCGAGUUGCCCACCGACUUUCAGGUCAGGAAGCUGACCUGCUCAUGCUCUGUCAUCUCGAUCACCUGCGCAAUGGCCGGAACAACAACUCUGCACUGGCUUCUGCCGUCUCCAAGCUUGGCUCUGGCUCGCAUGUUCAGAACGACCGCGAGACCUACAGGCGACGAACAUUGUUGUUCAUGCUUGAUCGAUGGCAUGCCCUCGCCUUUGGAACACCUCAUCUGCUGACAGGUCGAUUUGGUAUGGAGCGUCACAGCUUCCGUUCCAUGAAGGAGGCCUUGGGCGACGUGUCGCAGUCUCCACUUGGCGAUGCAGUCUAUGAAGUGCUUCGAUGCGCUAUCAUGCUCGGUCAACUCAAUGAUCUAGUGCAGAACAAUGGCGGAUGGAAGGGCAUCAGCAAGAGCGAUCUCGAUGCGCUCAUUCACAGUGCUACAGACGAGAACGAGGGCAACACAGCGCAGGAGCCAUCGAGCGCUGAAACAUCUUACCCAUCCUCUUCCUCCAGCGAUCUUUCCGAGCCAAGCCUGCUCAGCACCGCCGCCUUGCGAUACAGCCUGGAAUCUCUCGUCCGCUGCUAUUACGCUCUCCACACGCUUCCCAAUGCCAAAGAUGCACGCGUGGAAGAGGUUGCCAGAAUCUUGACACUCGCCGAAUCCGUCCUUGUGCUUGGCAGGGGCAAGACGCCCAUCUCGCUCCAAGGCAAGCUGAUCAAAUCGGCCAUUGGACCACACGUACUCGCAGUCACAGGUAUCGCUUUCUCCUGGUGCUUGCGUGUGAUCUGUAUGAUGGUCGCCUGCUCGCCCAAAAUUCCCUCGUCAUCAAGCGCUGCUACUUGCGCUCCCGCUGCAUCCAGCGCGGACAGCAAGAUCAUCUCUCCUACAUCCUUCCCACUAGAGUUCUACCGACGCAAGAUCCUCGACUACCUCCGGAUGUGUGGACCCUUUUGUCUCUUCUCCGGUGGCCCACCUACUUCACCUGCUUCGUUCGCACCAGUCUACCUCCGCUUAGCCUUGUACUUCAACUCGGCAGUAUCCUUUGCUUCUCAACUAGGAUCGCUAGUCUCGCCUCAGUCCGAGAAGGAGAGCCCAGUGCACCAGGAUCCGAUCGCACUCGGUAACGAAGCGGAUAACUUACUGGAGAUGGCCAAAGAGUUGGGAUUCCUCGGCUAUGUUCUUGCUCGAACCACCCAAGGAGAUGCUUGCAAGUUGCUCACUGGAGCAGCUCCAACCGCUCAGAGUCAAUGA